AUGGCUCCUAUCCAAAACUAUGACUACCCCUUCCCAUAUUUUCCUCCACCACUGCCUCCUCAUAUUGCUCCAUCUCCACCUCACAGUCCUCCAUCCCCUCCAAAAGUGGCACCACCCCAUCAACAACCACCACCACCACCACAAUUUCCAAUACUAGCACCACCACCUCACCAUUCUUUUAGUCCGCCACCUCCGGCAGCAAAACCACCUAGUCACUCAAUUCCACCUCCGCCGCCACUCCAUCCCAUUUCUCCACCACAAGCACCACCACCUACUAUUUUUCCACCCCCACCCCCACCCCCACCCCCACAUGGACACCAUUCGACUGUCAUAGUCAUCGUCUUUGUUUCCCUAGGUGGGCUGUUCUUUCUCGCAUUCCUUGCAGUUGCUCUAUGUUGUUUUAUUAAGAAGAAGAAACUGGUUCAAGAAACUGAUAUAGUGAAAAUUGAUGAACAUAUGGAGGUAAAAGAAACCAUCAUACCAGGUCCACAUGGUACACAAGCUGUUUUGCUAACCAUAGAUGAAGAUGUGCAUAUUCAGAAAGAGAUUAAGAAGAAUGAGAUGGUGUCCAAAGGUUCACAUGUUAAAUCUGCACAAGACCAUCCUCAAGCUCUGGAUAUGGCAGUUUCUACUUCUGAGACUAGUCAUCACCAUCAUGACCACAAAUUCUGA